AUGGCUCCUCUUAAGUUUCUCCAGUUAUCUCCCCUAGCACAGAUCAAAGAGAGCGCUGGCUUGGGACCCCUGAAGGGUGGGGUCCCCAGAACGGCCAAACAUCUUCUCUGUGACAAAAUAAAUCCUCCACUUCCACCACGUUGCCACAGAUGUUGGACUUCACGAGAAAAUUGGCUUUCUGAGGAGAAAGGUGAAGUUUUGGAGAAAGGCACAAUAGAAAAUCCCACACAAAGGGAAGAAGGAGACUUUGAUGCUCCAGAUUGUAAGAACAAUAAAAUCAAUGACUCUCAAGAUUCAUGUGUUGAGGAAAGUGAUAAAAAGGUAGUACAGACAUCAGACUCUCAAGAGAGUGAGGAUUAUUCCCAGUCAUCAACAUCUAAAAGUAUCAUGAGUAGUAAUCGGGAAGAUGCUAGAGAAUUUGAGAGAAAAGAAGCACAAGACAAAGAAAAAAAUAUGGGAUGUUUUCUUCCCCUUAGCACAGUAGAGCCCUGUGUCAUCUGUCAGAGCCGACCUAAAAAUGGUUGCAUUGUCCAUGGAAGGACAGGACACCUUCUGGCAUGUUUUCCAUGUGCUAAGAAAUUGAAAAAGAGAAAUAGGCCUUGUCCAGUGUGCAGGCAGCCAAUUCAAAUGAUUGUGUUAACUUAUUUUCUCUAAAUGUGUUGUACUAAAAGUGGAACCGUAGAGUCCUGUACAUGAAACGCUCUUAAGAAUGUUCACAUGUGGCUGUGAAAUUUAUUGAAAAUUUUAUUUUUGUACCUUUUUUUUUUUUCUGAGAAAAUGAGUAUUUUAGUUCUCUCUAGUGCAGUUUGCUUUUUGGAAAAAAGUUUUUUCUUUUUUCUUUUCCUUGAGGAAAAAAAUAUUUGGUUCCUGUUCUUUUCCAGUUUUGUAUGAUUUUUAUUAGUAUUCAUUUGUAUUACUUACAGAGACAGCAGGGUAUAAGUGGAUAGAAUACUAGUCUGGACAGAUCUAGGUUCAGAUAACACAUUGGACACUUGAAGCUGAUUUGACCCAGGAUGAACCACUGUAACUCUUGGUGCCUUAGUUGAUUCUUAAGGUUUAUUUUCUAAGUCAGAUAAUUUGUAAGUCAUAAACACAUACAUUGGAUUUGUGGAAACUACAGCUCAUUUACUGUGUGCCUCAUUAAGAAUUACUAGUUUGAAGACAACUAUUUCUAUUUGUUAAAUAAUUCUUGUCUUCUGGAGUUGGGGAAUGUCAGGAUUUUUGAAAAACUUGUGUAAGUGAGUUAAUAAAUAUUAUUUAAGUUUAAUAUUGUUGGGGAAAGGUAAUGAUGAUUCAUGAAAAUGAUUGUUUUUGAGUUGCAAAUAAGAUACUCUUCAGAUUUUUGUUUCUUUGAAGUUUUAAGUACCUGCUGAUUAAAAACCUGUGAAUUCAUUUACUACCUCAAGCUCCUUUGCUAUUGUGUAUGUAAACACUAUCUAUUGUGGAGCCCAUUGUAAUUUAUUCUUUUUACGUUCCUUUGCUCUAGAAGGAUCAUUGUAGGCAAUUUAGUAUGGACCUUUUGACUGAAUAUUAGCAUACCCCAGACCUCACUUAAAGAUCGAUUUUGAGUUGCAAAGUGUUUCAUUUUUUUUUUUCUACCAAGUUGAAAGUAAUUCAGAUAUGACUGAAUGGAUAUAUAUAUUAUCUUGGUCUGGAUACAUGGCCUUGGGGAGGUGUCUUUGAGUUUUAACGUAAACUUAAUAAAUUGAAAGCUGCACACAUGAAAACACAUUCUUACAGAAUCUUUUAUUUCCUCCCCCUGGCUACCUGCCAAUUAAGUGUUUACUAGAUAUAUAUAGUUGUUAAACCAUUUGCCAUAUGUUUGAUUUCAGUGUGUUAGAAUUAGAAGAUGGCAGUCUUGGUUAUUUAAAACAGAUAAUUAAUGUGAAUUUCUACUUUUCCAAGCUAUUGAAGGUGAGCUUUGAUCCACAUUUACGAUUUUGGAUAUGGGCACCUGCAACGUAAAUACAUUAUGAUUUUUCUUUGGGGAGAAGAUUUAUUUUCAUAAUUAUUGUAGCUUAGUCUGUGAAUUUUCUGAGCCCCAGACUAAUUUGCUGGCUGGAAAGCCAAUUCAGAUUUGGAAACUUCUCAUAAAAAUUCAUGUAGCUAAUUGAAAGUUCAUUAUAAAUGUGUUUGUGAAAGUUAAUAAAGAAAAUAAAAUACAGUAGAGCUGGU